GAGGUAGAAGUCUGGGCCGCAAAGGAGUGCGUUGCAAAUGCAAUAUACAAGUCCCGUCGCAAAUGGGCAGAGGAAGUUGUAUGGACAAGAAAAGCUAAACCACCAAACAUGACAACACCUUCUUUCACUCUUUCUCUCUCCUCUUCUUCUUCCCUCAAAUUCUUUGAUGCAACAACAAUUACCAGUCAGAAAUUCAAUUUCUACAAUAAAAAUGUUUCUUCACUUUAUAAAACUUGUCGAUUUUCUUCAAAUUAUGUGUUUCAAGUAAAAGCUGUUAGAGAUAAAACUGAUGAGAUUUCUCCUCCUUCAUCUUCAUCUUCAGCUGAGGAAGUUACAAAGAAAUAUGGACUUGAAGCUGGUCUUUGGAAGAUAUUUAGCUCAAAGGAAGAUGGAGAAGAGAGGAGAGAGAAAUCAAAGGGAGAAGAAGCAAAAGAGCUGCUUGCAAAAUAUGGAGGAGCAUAUUUGGCUACUUCCAUCACUUUAUCUCUUAUUUCUUUUACAUUAUGCUAUGUUCUUAUUAGUUCUGGUGUUGAUGUCUCAACUUUACUUCAAAAGGUGGGAAUUGCAACAAAUGAGACAGGAGAGAAAGUUGGGACAUUUGCGUUAGCAUAUGCAGCUCACAAAGCAGCAUCCCCAAUAAGGUUUCCACCAACAGUUGCUUUAACUCCCAUUGUUGCUUCUUGGAUUGGCAAGAAAGUUGAUCAAGAUAAUACUAAUGAUACCAAAUAAUCACUUUGUAAAUCUAUUAUAAUCUUUAGAUAUGUUUGUUUGUAAUACUCUUUGUUUAUGCAUAUCAUGUUUAGGUAAGAAAAUUCACCAGCAAUUCUGAAAUAAAUCAUGUCCCUUGCUUUUUUUGUCU